ACAAAAAUGGAAGCUCCAAAUUUCAUAAAAUUGUUCUAUUUCUUAACUUUUUUUCUUACCAUUUUAUUUAUAAUUACAUCUGUUAAUAGCCAAUCACAAUGCAAUGAUACAAUAGCUAAGUGUAAUGAAGAUAUGGAGUUUUUAAUGGAAUCUGAAAUUAGCAAAAGAUUUCUUGCAGAAAGAAAAAAAUAUAUUUCUCCUGGAGCUUUGAAAAGAGAUCAACCGGUUUGUAACGGCGGCGGAAGCGGUCAACCGUAUUCGCGGAGCUGCCUUCCGCCGCCAUCGAAUCCGUAUAGUAGAGGUUGUUCCAAGUAUUAUCGUUGUAGAGAUGAUCCUGAAUGA